AUGAAAGAUUUAUUAGAUACAACAAAUGAAUGUUUAAAUAAUUUAAAGAAUAACAACAUUAAUAUUGAGAAUUGGGAUCCAUUAAUAAUACAUAUAAUUAGUAAUAAAUUAGACUCGGAGUCUCAAAAAACAUGGGAAGAAGAAUUGCAAACAAUACCUGUUGAAGAAUUACCUACGUUAGAAAAAUUUAAGAAAUAUUUAGAAGGAAGAUUUAGAGUAACAGAAAUGAUUCAAACAUCUUAUAUGAAAGAGAGAACUCAAAUUAAACCAAAAUCGUUUGCUACAAUAACUAGUAAUGCUGUAAAAAGAAAUACAGAGUAUAGAAGUAGAAAUAUAGAAUGUGGAAAGUGUAAAGAGAAUCACGACAUAUUUUCAUGCAAAGAGUUUAUUAAGCUAGAUCCAGUUAUGAGAACAGAGCACAUUAAAAAGGAGAGAUUAUGCUUUAAUUGUUUGCGUCCUGGUCAUAGUGUUAAAUUUUGUAGAUAUAGAAUGAGAUGCGAUAUCUGUAAUAGAAAGCACCACACGUUGAUACAUAUAACUAAACCAAAUUUAGAGACUAUUAAUAAUGAGACUGAAGAGAUUAGAACACCAGAUAAUCAAACAAUGAGUCAACACAAUAUUCUUUCACAUGUGUCAAUACGAGGCCGUGUGUCAUUACUUGCUACUGCUUUGGUGAAUUUAGAAACGAGCAGAGGGCCACAGAUUGUACGAGCUUUUAUAGACCCUUGCUCAGAAGAAUCAUUUAUAAGUGAAGCAGUUGUAAAGAGAUUACAAUUGAAAUGUAAAGAUGUAGAAGGUCAGGUAUCAGCAGUUGGACAGAUGUCUACCCCGUUCAAGCACGCGGCGGAGAUUGAGUUGUCCUCUAGAAUGAAUAAAAAUUAUAAAUUAAAGUGUACUGCUUAUGUAAUUAAGCAUGUUACAGAUAUCAUGCCCGCUACAAGAAUAAAUUAUGAGCAUUGGACACAUUUCAGUGGCAUCGAGUUAGCAGAUCCAACUUACCAUACACCUGGAAAUGUAGACCUUUUAUUGGGUGUUCAUGUCUACACAGAUAUUUUGAUGAGUGGAGUUUUAAAGAGAAAGCAAGGAGAACCAAUCGCCCAACAAACUUACUUAGGGUGGAUAAUAUCUGGCGGCGAAGCUGUUGAGAGAUUACCAAAUAAGGGCCAAAUUAUUAGUAUGCAUUUGAGUGUAACGUUAGAUAAUAUGCUACAGAGAUUUUGGGAAUGUGAGUCACUAGAGUCUGAGAAUAAAAAUACACUUACCUCCCAAGAAGCUAGAGCAGAAGAAAUAUAUGAGAAAACAGUCAUGAGAGAUGAACAAGGACGAUAUGUAGUCAGCUUACCAUUUGUGAGAGACAAUCCAAUCUUACCUGAAAAUUCUAGAGAAAUAGCAAUGAGAAGAUUAAGAGGUUUAGAGAGAAGAUUGGCUGGAAAUGAAAACUUAAAACGAGAGUAUGAUAAUGUGUUAAAAGAGUAUAUAACAUUAAACCAUAUGGAAUUAGUAAAAGAUGAGAGAGAGAAAGAUACAGUCUACUUACCGCAUCACACAGUUUUCAGAGAUGAUAAAACAACAUCGAAAGUGCGUGUCGUAUUCGAUGCUUCGUGUCGAGGUACAAACGGAGUAUCACUUAACGAUGGGCUUUUGAUUGGACCUAAUUUACAAGAAGAGUUAAGAGAUAUUAUUCUAAGAUGGAGAACACAUAAAAUAGUUUUUGUGGCAGAUAUUAUUAAAAUGUAUCGCCAGAUAAAAAUACAAGAGAGAGACACAAAAUAUCAGAGAAUAUUAUAUAGAUUUAAUCAAAAUAAUGAAAUACAAACCUAUAAAUUACUGACAGUUACCUUUGGCAUGGCUUCAGCACCUUACCUUGCAAUAAAAACCAUGAGACAGCUUGCUAAAGAUGAAAAUACACAGUAUCCUGUUGCCUCGAAAAUUGUGUAUUCAGACUUUUAUAUGGACGAUGUAUUAACUGGUUUUGAUAAUGUGACGAUGCGAUAA